UAACUCAAGCGGUUAACCAGCUGUCACUUCCUUCGGAGAUUUUUCGGUGCGUGCAGUGAUUGUGUCGUUUUAAACAAAUCUGCGCAAAAAUGUCGUAGCGAAUACUAAACGCAACUAAAGUGAAGUGUGCACGUAAAAAGACCUCGCCAUCAAAAUGGCGGGUCAGAAUGGCGGAGAUUUUGGCGCACUUUUACAAGGCGCGGGGCGGCAGCUGUUGAACCAAGGGGGACAGGCUUUGCUCCAAUAUGGCGCCCAGGCCCUGGGGAACAUCAUCAACGAGGUGUUCCAGAAGAAAGAGGUGGAGCAGAAGAGAUUCUUGCCGAGUAUCAAGAAUUAUAAAGUGCUCGGUGAAACCCGCCCGUCUUCCUUCGGACCAGCAACGUACCAGGACUUUAAGGAGAUCCGUUCCCGCUGCCUUUCCGAAGGCAGGCUGUUUGAGGACCCUGAGUUCCCGGCUAUAGAUCGCAGUUUGUACUACAAGGAACGUUUGGACCGUCCUAUAACCUGGCUUAGGCCGAGUGAAAUAUGCGACGACCCUCAACUGUUCGUGGAAGGCUACAGCCGCUUCGACGUCCAGCAAGGCGAGUUGGGCGACUGCUGGCUGUUAGCUGCUGUUGCCAACCUCACGCUCCACAGAAAAUUGUUCUUCCAAGUUGUACCAGAUGACCAGAGCUUCGACGAAGAAUAUGCUGGUGUCUUCCAUUUCCGUUUCUGGCAAUACGGGCGAUGGGUGGACGUAGUUAUCGACGACCGGCUUCCUACCUACCGCGGGAAAUUGGUGUUCCUCCACUCUUCCGAGACCAAUGAGUUCUGGAGCGCCUUGCUGGAGAAGGCUUAUGCCAAACUACACGGCUCUUACGAAGCCCUAAAAGGCGGGUCGACAUGCGAAGCCAUGGAGGACUUUACCGGCGGCGUGACGGAAAUGUACGAGAUGACGGAACUCCCGCCCAACUUCUACACCAUACUGCUGAAAGCUUACGAGAGGAACUCGCUCAUGGGAUGCAGUAUUGAGCCGGACCCCCACAUCCUGGAAGCCGAGACCCCCCAGGGUCUGAUCCGAGGCCACGCCUACUCCAUCACCCGGGUCAAAUAUGUGGACAUCGAGACCCCGGGCCGCCAGGGCAAGAUCCCGCUGCUCCGCAUGAGGAACCCCUGGGGCAACGAGGCCGAAUGGAACGGACCUUGGAGCGACAAGUCUCCGGAGUGGCGCUACAUCCCCGAAUCUGAGAAACAGGAGUUGGGUCUCACGUUCGAUGAUGACGGCGAGUUCUGGAUGUCUUUCAAGGACUUUUGCACACACUUCUCAAGAGUGGAGAUCUGCAAUUUGAACCCCGAUUCUCUGGACCCCGAAGAGUGCCCAGAAGGCUGCACCAAGAAAUGGGAGAUGUCUGUAUUUGAAGGCGAAUGGGUGCGAGGUGUCACUGCUGGUGGUUGCCGUAACUACUUGGAGUCCUUCUGGCGUAACCCGCAAUACACUGUCACUUUGACGGACGUCGACGAAGAUGAUGAUGAAAACAAGUGUACCAUAAUCGUGGCCCUCAUGCAGAAGAACCGUCGCUCCCAACGGCAUCAGGGCCUCGAGUGUUUAACCAUAGGCUUCGCCGUGUACCGCCUGCCCGACUACGGACAUGUGCCUAAACCGUUGGACAUCAACUUCUUCAAAUACAACGCCUCCGUUGGAAGGUCGCAGGCGUUCAUCAACCUGAGAGAGGUUAGCGCUAGAUUCAAGCUGCCGCCUGGCACGUACGUCAUAGUGCCUUCCACCUUCGAGCCGGAUGAAGAAGGGGAGUUCCUUGUGCGAGUGUUCUCUGAGAAGUGCAAUAACAUGGCUGAAAACGACGAAGAUGUGGGCAUGGGCGACGUUGAUGACAGGGUGAAAGAGAUAGCCCCUAACCCGGAGCCAGCGGACCCUAUCCGCGAAUUUUUCAACCGUUUAGCCGGCUCCGAUGGAGAGGUCGACUGGCAGGAGCUGAAGGAGAUCCUCGACUACGCCAUGAGAGAAGAGCUCAAAGGACAAGGAUUCUCUAAAGAUGUCUGCAGGAGCAUGAUCGCUAUGCUGGACAAGGAUAAUUCUGGAGGACUUGGCUUCGAGGAGUUCAAGUCGCUAUGGAUCGAUCUGCGCAACUGGAGGGCCGUAUUCCGCCUAUACGACACAGAAGGCCGCGGCGCCAUCCCGGCCUACCAUCUCCGCGACGCCAUCCAUUCAGCCGGCUACACCGUCAACGCACACACACUCAACGUACUCGCACACAGAUACGGCGGCCAAGACGGUUACAUACAAUUCGAUGACUUCAUAAUGUGUUCCGUGCGACUCAAGACCAUGAUCGAGACGUUCAAGGGCAGAUCAUCGGGCGGAGACUACGCCACGUUCUCGCUCGACGAUUGGCUGAAUCGCACAGUUUAUUCAUAAGAAAAUAUGCCUUAAUACAUACUAUUUAAGGACCUUUGCAACGGUAACUAAGCUUAAAGAGUACAUCGAAAAAUCCAAUUACAAUAGACCGCCAUCUUGUAAAAAAUGGCGUCCUUGCCGAAAACCUUGAAAACGACUACCAUUGAUAAUUAGAGAGAAUAAAAUGGCCUUAAGUUUACUUAAUAAAUUAUAUAGUUAGUGACAAAUCGAGAUUUUAACCUCAACCAUGUAAUAUAUAGUUACUGUGUACUCUUUAAGACACAUAUUAUUGUACGAGUAAUUCUUCCAAUACCUCAAUGUUAUAACGUUAAUGUUCAAACAUUUUACAAAUAUGGAUAUCUCUAUAGCAUCACUUUCAAAUAACCAAAAAUAUGAUAACCUAUAUAUAAAUAUAUGUAGCAUAUAUGCUAAAUUGCUAAUGCCUUAAAGUAUUUAAACUUUUUAAUAACUUUAUUAUGUAUUUUAAAAAACAUGUGAUGCUAUAGUUAUAUUAAUAAUGUCAGCCAACUAAAAUGAAAAUGUUUAAAUUAAACAAUACACUAAUUAAGCUUUAAUCGGUGAUAAUCUAAGUCACAAAUAACCUUUUCAAUCUCGAUGUACUUCUGUGUAUUUUUAUUGUAUUUAUUCACUUUUCAAAAUUGCAUUUAACAAUUUAAAAAUUACUUAAUUGUAAUACUUUAAUGUAUAACUUCAUUUUAAAGUUUAUGUUAGUAACGGCUAUUUUUUUCGUAAUUAUUUGUUUUAUGUAACCGGUAAUAAUAAUAACUAAUCCGUCGCUAUAUAAUAAUAUGUAGAUUGAUAUGAGAUUUAAAAAGAUAAUAUACUACUUUUAUAACUACAUAUAAACAUACAAACAGUAUUUUUCUCCACCGAUAUUCAUUCCAGAGAAUUAGGUAUAUUUUUCGUCAAACGCUGUGCGAUCAGCUAUGCAUCACUCAUGGUUAUUUUUAUUUCAAUAUUUAUUGUUGUUGCACCAUUAUGACAUUUUCAAUGCAUUUUAUUGAUUAUAUUUUGUAAUUGUCAAUUUUUAUUUUGAAUGUAAAACUUCAGAUCUGAAUAAAGUAUGUUUUUUAUUCAC